GAUAAGUUGGCGAUAAAUCUGCUCCAAAACCAAAAAGCAAAAAAUGAUUAGUCUACGUGUCAUUUUUGGCUUUUUUUUGUUAAAUGUCCUAGUAAAUAUUUUUGUAAUGAGUGCGCAAUCGGCAAAUGUUUGCAAUCUACCCCCUGAGACUGGCCAUUGUCGUGCUGUGAAGAGGCGCUACCACUUUGACGCCGAUUCAAAUAGUUGCAGGAUCUUUAUUUAUGGAGGCUGUGGCGGAAAUGGCAAUAAUUUCCGAAGAAGGGAGGACUGUGAAGCUGCGUGUUUAAAAAGCUGAGCACCAUAUUGUUUUUGAAGUGUGAACCAAGUGAAUAAAUAAGGAAUU